AUGGAUUUUGAUAAUGUUCAAAGAGCUAUAGAUUGGCGAUGGGAACAACCUUUAUGGAAAUAUAUUGAAUUGUAUAGCGAAAGAGGCAGACAAAUGCGUGAAACUUGCAAAAAUAUGGAUAAUUAUAUAUAUAAUAUAAUGAAAAAUCAUAGAACAGACAUUGAAGUUGGAAAAAAAACAAAUGAUUUUUUAACCUUGUUUAUUAAUGCUGUUGAUGAAGAUGGAAAGAAACUUAGUGAUAAAGAAUUAAGAGACAUCAUUUUGAAUCUUGUUAUUGCUGACGCUUUAUUAAAAGAAAUCAAUUCUAUUUUUUCGCCAGAAACUCCAAUUCCAUCAUAUCAUGAUGUCAAACGAUUUAAAUAUACAAACGCAACAUUUUAUGAAACCUUGCGAUUAUAUCCUAGUGUUCCAAAAAAUGGCAAGAUUGAACUAGUUCCUGGCCAAAAAUCUCCACCGGAAUUUCAAAAGUCUAUCACAUUGCCUAUGAAAGAACCUUUGAUGACUAAAGUGUCGCACUGGAAAUUUUCUUCAUUAUGGUUCCAUCACAAAUUUAAGGAACAAA